AUGACUGAAGAAAAAGAUCCUGUGUUUGAGUUAGCAAUCAAUUGCGCUAAUCGUCACCUGUCGGCCAAGCAAUUUUUGUACUUUUACAAUGAAUUAUUCAAUGAAAAAUAUGGAGCAAUUGUGAAUAGCGGUGAAGAAACUGAAGAAAAUGAUAAGGAAAAGGACAUCUACCGGAAGCUUGCUGAUGUAUUUUUGAGCGCUUUGAACUGCGAAGGCAAUGUGCUUCUUGUAGAAUAUGUUGUCGAGGUACUAUUUGUUAAUUAUAACUCAAAACUUGUUAGUGCCGUGAUACCUCACAUUUACUCGGUUUCUAAUAAAUCUUCUAUGAUUCAUUUUUUCACCAAAUCAGGAGCGUUUUUCAGUCGAUUGACAGAUAAGCUCGUUAUGGAUCAAGUCAAUGAAGAUCUAGGAACUGUUAUCAUUCCCUCUGUCCUAAGUGCUCAUUUCAAUUCGAUCGAGCAGCAAUUGGUCGUGUCUAUUGCAAAAUUCCUUCGCAGCAUUCUACGAUUAUCUAAUCAACUAAUAAUCCUCUCUAGUACAGACACCAGAGACAAUACCUAUAUGUUGCUAUCGCGUCUAGGUCAAAUUAAUAAAUUACUCUACAAAAAGGUAGCCGACGAUUUUGAAUCUAAGUUGAACUAUGAAAAUUCUGAGCCAAACUUCCCAACAGAUUAUGCCCAUAAUACAGUUUCUCCUUCUAUUAUCUCUCCCAAAUUCAUGCAUAGUCCAUUAACAACAAGCAGUCGGGAUAUUGGAAAGAAUUCGACAACGACCGCAUAUCAGGAUGUAAAGCUAAUUCGUUACUAUAAAAAUCUAUGGCUUAAUAGCAAGAUUAUGAAUUGGUCGGCAAACGAGAGAGAUUUUUUGAUCAAGUAUAAUUCCAUCGGUGCUUCAGUAUGUGGUAAAACAACUCUGACUGAUCAAUUCAAUGUUGAUAUCGUAGUAACGGAUUUGAUUGAAACUGCAUUCACUUGUUUCGCACAAUUUGUUAGCAAUAAGCAAUACCAUCAAUCCAAUGCAAGUUUCAAUCUCUUAGAGCGGCAGUGGGUGGUGUUUAUCACUAAGCAGCUUCCUCUAUUGAUUUUGGAAAACGCUUCUAAAAUGCCACAUACAGUGACUAACGCACUAGAAAACAUUGACGAUAAAGUUGUCAAAGCAAUCAAGUCAUAUUAUUCAGACAAGGAGGAUACGAAGAAUCGUAACGAAGAUCUUUUCGACGAUCUUCCUAGUAAUAAUUUAGAUAUUCGGCAUGAUUUCAUCAAGAACCUGAUCAUGCUCAAACUUCAACCACCUAGCAUUUUAAAUGAAUAUCUGAGAGAUGAUCAGGUUGUCGAUAUUAAAUCUUUGCCCGCAAAUGAUUCUGUUAUGAUCAAAAAUGCUCAAGGCGUGAAGGAACUAAUCGAAGAUUUUUCGCAAUUUAUCAAGUCUUCAAUUGACGCGCUUGAAAUUGAGUCUAUUUUUGAUGGCUUGAAUGGCUCUGUUGGAGUGGGUAACAAUAGUAUCAUUCAGAUCCUUCAAAGCUUUGAAAGCUUGGCCCCUACAAAGCAAAAAGAAGCGGCUAAUGUUUUCUAUGAUGUUCUAUAUGAGUCUGCAAGAAAUUUUGACUCAAAAAGGCUAUCGAAAAUUUGUUGCAUAUUAACGUUCAAUCUGGCGCAUUCGCUGACGUCUAUUUUGGCGUUUGUUUCCCCAGUCAAAUUCCUAACCGUAAUUGUGGAAUUUUUAGACGAAAUUUGGGAUGCCAACAUGAGCAAGAUAAACGAGGGACUAAGUGACGAAACUGAUCUGGAAUCCAAUAAUGAGUUUUCUUCUUUUGCUUACGCCCUAGUUUUCGCCAUUCAUGUGUCAAAAACUUACGGCAUUUUCAUCGGAGACGUCCUGUUGUCUAAUGGUCAUGAUAAUCUUCAAGACUCAUUUGUCGCUACCUUUACGACAAAACUAGGGGAUAUAAGCGAUGAGAUAAGAUUAUGCACACCGCAAAACUUUAAUGACCUUCUCAAGACAUGGGUUCGCGAUCUUUUCAUAAAUGGUUCCAUCUCUGACCCUCUCAUGAAAUCUGCAAACGUUAAAGAUCUGGCCGUUCUCAUUCCAUAUAUUUUCAAACAGAGUAUUAUGAGCGUUGAAUUGGGCUCUAUUCGUGAUGUCUCCACACUUAUAGGUGGCUUUGAAUAUUUUUUGCAGCCCUUCUUAAUAGUCGGGCUGAUAGGAAUUGUAUUUUGGUUGGAGCACUAUCUUACAACUCUCAAAAGUGAAGAAAUACCGACAGAGUUACAGCAGUCAAUUUUUGAAAUGUUAAACUCUGUAAUCAAUCCUGCAGCCCUGAAUGAUGAAUCUAAACCACUUCAUGUGUUGAUAUUACGCCUGAACGCCAUCGGUUUGAUAAAAACAUUGAAGUUCUUCAGAACUCAGUCUCAAUCCAACUAUGGUAUAUAUUCAUCUGAUGUACAAGGAGAUCCAAAGCUUGAGACACUAAUUACCUGUUUGGAAAAUAUAUCUUCUGUGGCAAAUUUUUACAAUAUAGAUCAGCGAAUGUUAACCUCAAACGGAGGGUAUUCGCAGAAGCAAUUAGGAUAUUCUCCGUUUUUGAUCACCAACGAUACCCCAAUAAGUUCAAUAAUGACCAAUCAAAUGAAUUCAUUCAGGAACCUUCACAGUAGCACUUAUUUCAACAUGGAUUACUUAUUUGCAUUGACAGAUAUAAUAACUCAUGAAAGGUUCUUGGAGGACCUUUUGCAGUCGCUGAAUGAUAAUCUUGUAACAAGCAACACUUCGAUCUCGAGAACUAAGGGUGUUACUGGAGAAAAAGGACAUGUUUUGGAUUACAUUUUCUAUUUUUUGGUGAUUCACGAUGUGAAGGACUCGCCAUCGAAAAUAAACAUGCUAAGAUACAUGGAAUCCGCAGAGGGUGAUUACGAAACAUUUAUGAAGGAUAAAAAGGAACCAAAAACUGAGUCAGAGUUCAAGCUUGAGCAGCCCACCGAUGAAGAUUUUGACAUGUUAUUUGGAGAAGACACGAGCAUUCAAGGUAAUGAUACGGAUAUCAUUUCUACCGAUAACAAAGAUAAAGAUGCAUCUGUUUUGCCCAAUUUAUUACUUCUUCGAAACUCAUUUGGUGUCAUCUUGCAUAAACUUAAGCUGCAAAAAGAGAGAUCGUACAAAGCAGGCUUCAUCUCAAAAUCCGACCUUAACUGCUUUGAAGAAUACAAUAACAAAUAUAUUGAGCUGCUAAAACGCGCUGUUAUUUAA